AUUUGACAUAAAAACAAAAUGUGAUCGCGUGCAAUGUCGAAAAUUGUAAAUUUCACAUUUUAUACAAUUGUUUGAUAUUUUUUUACGUAAUGAACCACUAAUACACAAAGAAAUACUUAUGUGUUUUCAACAUGUCAACUAUUAUAAAAUUCAAUCUAAAGGAAUUAAGAAAAUUAGCCAAUGAUAAGAACUCCUGUGUUGUUGAGAAAAAAGUAACACAAAACCUUGCACUUCAGCCUUGGUGUCUUGGAAAUCUCCAGGAAUCAAUAAAAAACUUGUUGGAUUACAAAAUUGGGAAAUUUGACAAAGAGUUAAACGGCAUUUUGCUUAGCUACAAAAAUUUAAGAGUAUUAACCAAUGUGGGCGCAAUACGCAAUGAUGGCUCAGACAUUCAGUUCCAAGUACAAGCGGACUACUUCAUAUUUCAGCCAUAUGUGGGUGCCACCCUAAAGGGACUUGUAAACAAAAAAAGCAAUACACAUUUAGGCAUCCUAGUACACCGUGUGUUCAAUGUGGUGAUUCCCCGGCCAACUGAGGAGCCCGGUAAUGAAUGGAUUGGAUCAGCAGUCCAAGAAGGACAAGUUGUGCUGUUCCGGGUGGUUGUAUUAGAUCUCUUUGGAGCUUUGCCAUAUAUCAGAGGAGAACUAGAUGAAAGGUGGGUCAAACUUGGUCCAGAUGAUGAUGAUGAGAUGUUUGAGACAAAACAAGUGGAACCAGUUACCGUGGACUAUGUAAACUUUGACAAAAUCAAACCAUUAUAUCAAAGACAAAGUGGUGACGGCAUACAGUCACCAACAAAGAGCUUGCUCAAAACUGACAAACCACAUUCUGUUAGUAAAAACCAGCCUAAAAGCGCUGCUCAAGUAUCUAAAGAAAAAAAUGGUGUAAGUGGUAGUACAUCAAAAAAGAACAUGAAGAAACUGAGCAAAACAUCAGAUGCUGAUGCAACUAGUUCUGCAACAAGACCUUCAAAAAAACAAAAACGGGAAUCAUGAUUCAAUAAUGAUGAUUUAUAGACUUUGACUUAUUGUGCAACAUUUUAAGUAUACUAUUUACUAAAAGCAUUUUUUUUUCUUAAUAGUACAACUGUCAUGCUAAGUCUAUAGCUGAUUUUAAGUAUAUUGGAACACUGAAUGUAAAAUUAAUAAAAUACUUAUUUACUGCUAGUA